AUGGCAGCAAAGACCUCAACCACACUUGCUUUAUUCAUUGUAAGUAAUCUUCUCUUCCUCAACCUCAUUUUCCUGGUUGCGGCAGAAAAUACUUGUCCAAGAGACCAGCUCAAACUUUCCACAUGCGCAAAUGUUCUCAACCUCAUCAACUUGAAUCUUGGCGCACCAGCUAUGAGACCUUGUUGCUCUAUUCUCUUAGGUCUAAUCGAUCUUGAUAUUGUGCUUUGCCUCUGCACCGCGCUUAAACUCAGCAUUCUCGGCAUCACCACCAACACUCCCAUUCACCUUAACUUGGCCCUCAACGCCUGUGGAGGAACCCUUCCCGAUGGAUUCCGUUGCCCAACAUAG